UGUAAACAUCAGGAACAGCAGUGGAUAUCUUUCGUGAGUCGCCGCUUGCCGACAUUUUACUAAUUCGAUUUGGUUUUUGAACGGCUUAACACCAUUCCUGGGCAACGGAAAAAGCGUAGUUCCGCGAUGGAGCUCCCAACGUCCACGGACAUUAUGAUAAUCACGGGAAAUUCCCACACGGAGCUCGCUAAAUUGAUCGCCAAUCGCUUGGGCGUGAAAUUGGGCGGCACUGCUGUCUACCACAAGACAAACAGAGAGACGAUGGUGGAAAUCGGUGAUUCUGUUCGAGGGAAGGAUGUUUACAUCAUUCAAACUGGCACCAAGGAUGUAAACAACAACAUCAUGGAGCUACUGAUCAUGGCUUACGCCUGCAAGACCUCAUCUGCAAAAAACAUAGUCGCAGUCAUUCCAUAUCUGCCUUACAGCAAGCAGUGCAAGAUGAGAAAACGAGGCUGCAUCGUUUCCAAGCUGCUGGCCAAGAUGAUGUGCAAGUCUGGAUUGAAGCAUGUGAUUACUAUGGAUUUACACCAGAAAGAAAUCCAGGGAUUUUUUGACUGUCCGGUGGAUAACCUCAGAGCUUCACCGUUUUUGCUGCAGUACAUUCAAGAAAGUAUCCCGGACUACCGAAAUGCUGUAAUUGUGGCUCGCAACCCUGGCUCUGCUAAGAAGGCCACUUCCUAUGCUGAGCGUCUCAGGCUGGGAAUCGCGGUCAUCCACGGGGAGCAAAAAGAGGCUGAAUCUGACAUGGUGGACGGCCGGUACUCGCCACCCACACUGCCUAAAACUUCGAGGACCAUGGACGUUGGCGUUGGUGUCCCUGUCCAUCCUGCUAAAGAGAAACCCCCAAUCAAUGUUGUGGGUGACGUUGGUGGACGCAUUGCUAUCAUGGUGGAUGACCUGAUUGAUGAUGUGCAAUCAUUUGUGGCAGCUGCUGAAGUUUUGAAGGAAAGAGGUGCAUAUAAAAUCUAUGUGCUUGCGACUCACGGCCUACUAUCAUCAGACGCACCCAGGUUAAUUGAAGAUUCUUCUAUUGAUGAGGUCGUUGUCACCAAUACUAUACCUCACGAGCUGCAGAAGAUGCAGUGCCAUAAAAUCAAAACGGUUGACAUCAGUGUUCUGCUAUCAGAGGCGAUUCGCCGCAUUCACAACAAAGAGUCGAUGUCUUAUUUGUUCAAGAAUGUCACUCUUGAAGAUUGAAACACCUUCCUGGGUGUCAUCCGAGCCUUCUGUAGUAUAAAAGUUAUCGAUUUUGAUGUACACCUUUAAUCACUACUCUAUUGCAAUCGAUCAGUCAAAGCACCUUCAGCUAAGUUUCUUCGAUUUAAUAAGCAGGAUGAGUUCCUACCUAUCGAAUUUUGGAAAUCGAAGAGCUCCCAGAGCUUGUUUACACUUUUAAGCUGAAAAACUUGAAUGGUAGUUUCAGAUAUUUUUAUAUUCCAGUUGACAAUUGGUGUCACCAUCAGCUAACAAAAAUUAGUUUCAAUAUUAUAUAAUUUUGCAUUUCAUGGAAAAUUUAUUUUUGUUUUCACAUUAUUUGACUUGUCAGGGUUUGUUAUAUCUUGGUGGCAGUCAAAAACCGAGAUACAAGAUAAAAAAUAAAAGAAAGGAUAUCAAUACUUUAUUUUAAGAUGCGAAUUUUCUGGGAUAUAACGUAGCUAGUAUUCCAUCAUAUUAACGUGGAAGAAAAACAAUGUGUUACUUGAAUGUGCUCAUAAAAUAAAUCAAUGAAUAUUACGCUAA